AAUUAAUUAAUGGGAUCAGGCUGAAAAAGAAAACUAAACGAGCCCAUGGCACUUUUCUCAAGCCGGUCUCUUUUGCGGAGAGGGAUGAGUAUGGGCAUCUUGUGCCUAAACGGAGAAGGCAAAAAUCUGCAAAGGCAAAAAAAUGUAAUGCUACAAAGAUCAACAAUUUAGUUAGUACAUCAUCUUUGGAGUCUGGACAAGGAUACAUUGAUCAUGGUGAAAGUUCAUCACUGUCUGCUCGCACUGUUUGCCCAGCUGUCGAAGAUAUAGAAACUCUUCAUCAAGAGGUAGAAGAUCUGCUAGCUGAUAGUGAAGACAUUCAGUGCAUAAAUCCGACUUCCUCAAACACUUGGUCUAUUCGCAUGGCGCAGAGCAAAAAGAAGUGGGAAGCUUUGAGGCCAGAGAUAGUGGAAUCUUUAUUAAUGGCCGAGUAUACAGAAAUCAAGCAGUGCCAGCAUUGCAGACUGAAGCCGUCUAUUAUCCGCUGUAAAGACUGCUAUCCUAAACAGCUGUACUGUGGAGACUGUGAUAUACUGGCCCAUGAGAGGAAACUUCACAACCGAGAGACAAAUGUGAAAGGAUUCUUUCAGCCCCUAUCCCCAACAAGUUUGGUGAAGGUGGAUAUUGAAGGCCAAUUCCAAUUUGAAGAAAAAAAUUGCCUUUUGCCUCUUGAGGCACCUGAGCAAAUGUGCCAAUGUGCCACUGAUACCAUUGAGAUGUCAGAAGGUAAAAGGGCCAUUCUUAUAGGAAUCGAUGGUCGCUACAAUGUCAGCUUGCCACACUUCACGUGUCCAAAAUGUCUUGUGAGCAGAACAACCAGCAUCCCGCAACUGAUCAAGUCUGGUUACUGGCCUGCCACAGCAAGCUGUGAAACAUUAUACAAAAUAGAUGUGUUUGUGUCCUAUGACCACAUGAAACUCACUGCUCCUGGAAUGUCUAGACAGUCUUUCACCAGUUUAUUAGAACAGCGGACAGAGUUCUUUGGCCGAAAUGGAAAGAUAUGCGCAGAUGCUUUUCAAAGAAGUUUUUUUGAAUGGAGAUACUGCCAGUUUGAAAUCGAUCAGCUCUGUGGACUGAAAGUAUUUGACUGUCCAGCCUGUUCUCCAUUUAUGCUUGCUGUGGCCGUAGAUGGUAAUAGAAAAAUGUAUCGCUUCAAAAGAGGGGAUGAAGAUCAUGGUCUGUUUAAGGGUGUCUUUGUCUGUGAGGAUGAAGAUGUUUCCAAGUUUGUGGACUACAUUAAUGAUAAGACAAAGCAUUCAGUUGGUAAAGGUGUCUGUGGAUCGAGUCAGUGGACUGCAGCACGGGAGUCUGUCCUAAAGACAAACAACAAGUUGGAUGAGGAGGGCAUGGAGGUGGCUGUCUGUCGACAUGGUGUGCUUCUGAGAAGUCUCAACAUGAUGAGGGGAGAAAUAUUUGCAUACCCUUUGUAUCUACAAAAGGAGUUGACUCCCAGGAAUGUGCAGUUCAUGUGCACAGAUGUAAUAUGCAAGUACUGGCCAUACCUGAACAGAGUUGUUAAUGAUUGUCCAGAGCUCUCUCCUCUCCUGGACAUGAAGCCAUUCCUGUCAGUGAUGCAUGCAAAGGCCCACUCUUGGAAAUGUGAGAUUAAGUGGGGUGGUCGAAACCAAGAUGGAGCAGGCACCACCUUGGGUGAAGAGGUCGAACAAGUGAAUAGCUUCUUGUCAAGAACUGCUAUAUGCAGCAAAUACAUGACCAAAGGAGCUAGAACAGACAUGAUUACUAUCCAGGCCAUGGCAUGGAACCAACGCAAAAUUGAGAACCUAGCAAAAGUGCUGUCCCGAAGAUUAAUGAAGACAAAAGCAAAAAUUCAGGAGGAGUCCUUAAACCUUGAAGCAAUGAAGACAGAUUUGGCAGUAACGGAUGAUGAGCUUCAAGGCUGGAUCAGUGAAAUCAAGCAGUGGGCAGAUACAGCAACAAGUGAGGAGAACGCAGGCAGUCAACAGGGGCUGCAAAAGAUGAUUGAGACGCUUUAUGUGAGCAUCAGGCAGAGGAAGCAAAACCUUUACCAUCAAACAGAUGGAAACAAGAGAAGACACAAACUCCGCAGAAAGAUUUUGGAGGAAAAAGCCAAACUUAGUGCAGCUGUAGAUGAAUACAACAAGGCAGCACUUGAAAAACUGCAGUCAGCUGAUGCAAUUCUGGCAUCUGAGAGUUAUGCAUGGCCAUGGCUACUGAAUGAGCGUGAUAAUCUUAUCACCAAAAAAAAGGCCUUUGACCAACUGAUGCUCCUGAACCGGCUUACUGAAGAGGAGUGCAUUGUCCUAAAAGAGAUCAAAAAUCACUGGAAAAGCCUCAAAAGAGAACAUUCUGUUCUAAACGAUCAUUCAAGCCAUAUUGCUGUUGAAAUGGAAAAGAACAAACAGGACUGUGGAUUUUCUGAAAGUGGAAUUCUAGGACUUCACUCUCUUCUGAAAAAAAAAAUGUCCUACCUCAAAAGUCACAUCUCCUCUGUUCGUCAGCUGUACAGUAGUGUACUCGACAAUUGUGAGCUGAAAGAAGAUGACUACAUGGAGGAGGAGGAUAUCCAGUAUGGUUUGAAUGAGGAGGAGGAUGAGGAUGAGGACGAAGAGGAUUUUUGAGGACAAGCUAGUUUUCAAUGGAUUUUAACUUCUCACCUUGGCCUUUUAUUUUACUGAGGAUGGAAUACAAUACACCAGGGAUGGGCCCGGUACGGCUUACUUUGUGGCGCUUUUCCACUGCAUGGUACAGCUCGCUUUAAAUGGUACCACCUCCAAGCCGACCAUACAGAUACUAAAAUGUGACGUGAACACACUGCAGAUCCCUGAUUGGCCAGACAGAAUCGUCACUACCAGCGUCAUUGUAUUUGUGAGACAUCGCUAGAUUUAAAGAACAGCCAGUUACAGCCACCGCUGUAGCGCCUGUUUUAAAACUACUUGCUUGA